AUGAAUAAAAGGAGAGUUUAUAUUAUGCCCAUAGUGUUUAUUUCUUUACUUUCAGUAAUAGGCGGUACACGAGAUGGGAACCGGGUGAAACGACUACGGGCGGACAGCACGGCAGUUCGCGAGCCGGCUCAAGCAUUAGACGCACCCGAACCUGAACCAAACAUUGCACCAGCACCUAUAUCAUUCAUCAACCCCUCUGUCAAAGAAUAUCUCGAGCUUGGAAUGGCGAUACCUGGAAAACCAGGUACCGAUUACCCAAUUUUAGGAGCUGUUCCAUAUACAAAUUUCUACUGUGAUGAGCAAGCUUAUCCGGGCUUCUUUGCGGAUAUGGAAACACGUUGCCAAGCCUGGCAUUACUGUGACAUUGACGGUCGCCAAGCAUCGUUCCUUUGCCCCAACGGCACUGUGUUCUCUCAAGGCGUGGCGUCCUGUGACUGGUGGUUCAACGUGCGAUGCGCACUCUCACCCGCGCUCUACCCCCUUAACGCGCGGCUCUAUCGGCGAAGGAAGAAGCAGUCCCGACCCAAACCACAUAGAGUCAUUGAUAAGAAACUUGUUGAUGAAAUAUUUUUG